UGGCCAAUCUGCUUGAAAUGAUCAUCACGAAGGGAUUCCAGGAUCAAAGACAAAGACAUCAGAGAAUGUUGUUAGUAUUCAAGUGUCAAAUGAAAAACCACCACCAAACGAGCGAGCUGUAUCACAAGAGAAUGUGGAAGAAGAUGAGGCCAAAUCACGCACUGAUAUCACAGAGGGAAGAAGGACUGAGGAGGGACAGUCAAGCAAGGGGAAUAAGAAGCGAAAAAGGAACCCCGAGGUGAAGCUUGGAAGGCCAGCACUCGCAGAGUGGAAGAAAAGCCUACCCUACCCAACCAUGAGGAUCUAUCCAGAUAGGGUGGUAGAUGUAAUCAAUGGCUUAAAUAUAUAGAGAAUGUGGGUGAGGGAAGCAGGGUUUCAGUCUCUAUUGGACCCGAAGUUUCUUCAAGUGGACAGAUUUUUUCUGUCAUGGUUGAGUGGCAGGUGGGAUCCUGAUACACAAUUACUUCGGAUCCGAGACGACUAUGAGAUCAAGAUUGACGAAGAAAUGGUUGGGCGGAUAUUUGGUCUACAAUUCUCUAGCAACUUACUUGAAAUUGAGGAUCCUUGUGCAAAAGACACUGAGUACCUCAAAAUAAAGUCUAAGUAUUCUAACAAAUGGGGGAUAGGUCACGGAACGGUUUUAGACAAAUUGGAGAAGCACAAAUCUAAGAGAGAGAAGUUUUUGAGGGAUUUCAUUCUAUAUUCGUUUGGGUGCCUGUUUUGCGCGGUAUUGAACAACUAUAUCAGCCCAUCAUUGUGUUGGUUGUUGAAGCAGCGAUACCUACUCGAUAACCCAUUGAAAUGGAACUGGGCUCAUUAUGUACUGAAGGUUAUGAAGUCUGAACACAAGAAUGGAGGCAACAAGGCAGGAGUUAAAGGUGGUGCUUUGGUACUCAUGAUUGCAUAUUUAGAUCGAAUGAACCUAGGUGAUAAGGUCCAAAUAUGGGAUAUAGAGUUUGCAAGGUUGGGAAUGUGGCAGCAGCCGGAUCUAGACUACGCUAUCGGUAAGGAUACUUGUGAAGGUGGCUAUGUUGUAGCCGAGGUUGUUCGAACCAUCGAUUUUUGAAACCUUUGGAAAGGGAAGCUUUAUGGCGGAGGUUUCUGGAGAAUUGAGAUUGACUGCGACGAGGGUGGAGGACGGCUGCGGGGCGGUUAGGCGGAGGUGAGAAUUUUGUUCACUCUGCUUCCAUUUGUCUCUUUUAUCUCUCCUUCAUUCUCAUUUAGUAAGGGUUUUGAUCUUCAGUUUAUGUUUUGGAUUUUCGAUUUAAUUCUAUUGAGUUUGCUCAUUUUAUGCGAAUUAAUGGUAGUGAUAAUUGGCCUAGCUUUAAUAAUUACGUCUUAUGAUGUAUGGAAUUAUGUUAAGCUCACUGCUUUUGUGGAGCGUAAUGAUGGAUGAUGGUAGUAUAUGAUAUUAGGAUGUGUACAUUAUGAUGAUGUUGCCAUUGGUUUCCAGAUUGUGCAUCACCUUUUUAUCAUUAUUCUCAUUAAUGAUAGUGAUAAUCAAUCUAGCUUUAUAAUGUGCAAUGCAUCUUUUAUUUAAGGAUGUUGAUGUUGGCAGCUAAUGAUGCAAGAUGUUAGUGUAUUAGGCUGAUUGAGUCUAAUCCGAGAGACAGGUUACAGAAACAUGUUAGACUGCCUCCUAUGCCAGAAUAGAAGAUUUUCAUAGCUAUGGGCUUUGUAAAUAUUUUGCAUAGAUCAUCAUAAAGUGGACAUCCAUACUUUCUGUAAGGUGCAGCUUCAGGAUGCACCUGCAUAAGACCAAUACAGAUUCAGUUCAUCUAAUUCAGUUGGUAGAGUAAUUUAUCUCAUAUGAUUUCGGAUUUUGGAUCGAUAAUUUGUAUUCAAGACCCUAGCUAUUUGAGCUGUAACAAAAAGGGUUUCCUAAUAAUAUUGGGAAAUUUCAACUAAAAGCAUAGAGGUUCCCUGGAACCACACCAAUGACCACAAGUUUAUCUUCAUGUCAGAAAUCUGCAGAACAAAUAUGCACUAUUA